AUAGCCCCAGUCCCCUGUCUGUCUGCAGCAUCAGAUACCGUUCGACACAGCACUGACAUCUCUCUCAUUCACUCGGUUUUCUGCUGUGUUUCAUUGUUUUUGACAGCACUAAGCGGAGAGGAGCCUCGUCCCCCGUAGCGUAUUCACUCUGCGAUACAUAAACAAGCAAAUAUACUGAUCCUGUUCAACCCCUCCCCCUUCUCCCUGUCAUUCCGGUCCGUGACUCUUGCCUUCUCCGUUCCUGGAAAAUCCUGUGUAUCGGUCUCCCUUCUUCCCUUCUCGCCUCUCUUCAUUUAUUUUCCUCCGCAUGUCCUAUGUCCAUCCUCUGUCCCUCUUCUCUUCGUCCUCUCCUAUUUCUCCUCCCAUGCAUGUCAAUGUUCUCUCUGUCCUGUCACUAUCUUACACAUUCCCACUCCUUCUUUCCCCAUCCCUCCCUCUUCCCAUUUCUCUUCCUCAGCAUGGACGUUCAGAAUUUUCAUGGGAGGGAAUCAAUCUGUCUAUGGAAGACACCACAUCAAUCCUGCCUCAGCACAAGAGGAACUCAAAUGCCUUCGGCAUCGGGGCUCUGGCUAAGUCUUCUCUGUCAGGUGUGUCAGGCGUGAGCCGCACCAUGAAGGAGCGAGUGACCAAGCCCACGGCCAUGGCCCAGGGCCGCGUCGCUCACAUGAUUGAAUGGCAAAACUGGAGCAUGACCACGGUGGAUGCAGGCGGCAUGCCCAUCCCCCGCAUCACGACCCAGGAGCGGGAGAAGGAGCGGCGGCUGGAAAACGACGCCUACAGUGACCUUAGUGAAGGAGAGAAGGAGGCUCGUUUCACUGCAGGUAUCCUGAAGCAGUUUGCGGUCUCGGAGGCGACACUCCUGGCCUGGACAUCGAUGGAUGGAGAGAGUCCUCGGUCGAGCUCAAACCAGGGCAGCAUGGCUCAUCUGAGUGAGCUCAACCAGGAGAGCAUCACCAGUCGAGAUCAGAUAUUGCACCACUCCUCAGCAGAGGUGUGGCCUCACACUUACGUCGCCCAGGGCCACUACUGCCUCUCCUCCUCCGAUGCCUGGGAGCCGAUCAACAAAGAUCCGUCCGUCGUGACGUCUCCCCCUACUGGUUCCUAUGUCAUGGGGACUGAUGGAUACGACGGGCAGGCCCGCUUCCUGUCGCAGCAGCAACAGCAACAACAGCAGCAGCAGCAACAGCAGCAGCAGCAGCAGCAGCAGCAGUUGACUCUCCAGCAGCAGAAUCAACUACAGCAGCUGCAGCAGAUCCAACAGAUCCAGCACUACCAGCAACAGCAGCUCCUGCAGUACCAGCAACAACAGUCGCUGGAGCACCGGCUGCACAGUAACAACCACUCUUUGCAAGCGACGCCCAACAGCACCAUCCACAGCCUGGUCCACUCGGUUCACCCCCCGCUGGUGGACCUGUGGAACUCGGGGCAGAUGGAGGCCUACCAGACGGACGCCGGGGGCUACGUUGGCGUGGCGGCGGUGGUGGAGCCGAGCCUCUGUGUUCCCUCUGCAGAAGAUAUGGGAACAGAGCACUCUCCGCUACUGGAGCAGCAGGAGGAGGAGGAGGAGAUAAAGGAGGAUGAGAUGACACUGUGCAUGGAGCCAGAGUUGGCCUCGUUGACUCCGCCCAGGCAACAAGGGGAUGCCUCUGGUGGCAGUAGUCCGGGGCAACCGCCGGCAGAGCCAAUCACGGAGCGGAAGUCCUCCGACGUCUCCUCCGGCCUCCUUCAGACGCUAGAGGAUAAGGACGAGGCUGAGGGGCAAGGCCCUGCCGCUUCCAUGGCAACCAACUGAGUACCUGGAUGUCAACAGACUACUUAUUACAAACUGACCGGAGCGUCAGCGAGGAAUGAGCGUAAUAAUACAAUAUAUAUAUAUAUAUAUUAAUCUGUUACUUUUCAGGUAUCAAAAACACAACUUUUUGGUUGCGAGAUGAAUUGGUGAGGAUUAGAUUUGGAGAAGGACUCACGAUGAGACAAGAGCUGAUGCAACGAAGGACACCUAUCUCUUUGAAGGCCUUACAUCCCAAAGCUAUAAUUGAAGGGAGGAGUGAGGACAGACACACGGAAGAGGAGGAAGAGGAGGGGCAGGAGGAAGGGGCGCACUGACUGACCGAGACAUUUCCACCAAGAAAACGAAACCACGUUGAGACGAAGAGGAGGGGAAAGGAAACAAGCAUGCGUUUUUUGAAGACGAGCAACAUGACCCUGUCGCUUACAAUAAUAAUGAAAAUCUAUCGUAAUAAAACAUUAUAAUAAGAAUAAUUUUAUAAUAAAGCAACAAAAAAAGAACAAAUCAAUGUAUAAGUGUAUGAUACAAUAUAUCAGUUUCCCAAGGGAGAACAACUCUGUUUACAGUUGUUACCCAACACAUUAGAUCAAACUAAUUUCCCUGUUGCAUCGAACACAUACAGCAUACUUUCUAAAUGGCAACCAAAACCAUUUAAGAUGAAAUUCAAAGUAGAAAAUGUCAGCAUUUCAGUGAAAUGCACAUGAGCCCCCUAAAAUAAAUACAUGAUAUAGUUGUGUGGCACCAAGAGGCCCGAGUCACAACCCGGGCACAGGCCUGUCCUGCUGACACACUGCACAGAUAAGGAUUGUACUGGAACAAAGUGUGCUUCCUACUGUCUCUCUGUAUGCAUGUUUCUUCAGAGCACUAUGGAGUACCUGUACUAUACUGCACUGUAUCGACUUUGCACUGAACCAUAGUUUCCCAGGUGGGGCGGCAGUGGGCCGGUGGUGAGUUUCAUGACAGAGAAAUAAAGACAAAGCUGCAGAGGCGAAUCUCUUUUGCACUGACGCGAUCCAACAGAUCGGAGGUUGCCUUUGGACUGUUGGCGUUACCCAGUUCCCACUCUGACAACCAAAACCGAGCCACUUGACAACACAAACCCUCAGCUGCUUUUUGUUCCCGUAGACGUCCGUAGUCGAGGAUGAUCGCCACUAUUUGAAUGUACCGGAAGACACGUGGCAGUACAUUGUUUGUUUGUGAUGUCUCCUCGCGGUCCACAUGAGAGAGAGUCUUUCUUAAGAAACAAACAAGUCUUUCAAACAUGUGGGAGGAUGCUGUUGAAGAUGGAUUCACUGCUGGCUCCACCACCCCACACACACACACACACACACACACGCACACACACACACAUACACAAUUGUAACCAGCAAUAGACAGACAAAACACUGGCUUCCCAACAGACCGGUGUCAGCUUUGUCGUAUAGAUGUAAAUAUUAGAGUAUAUAAAAGUUGCCUCUUAAUCACAGUCACAGCUGUUCGAGUACAGUAUGAUUUGAUUAUUUUUUUACACCUCUCAGUCCCACUUUAUUUUGGGAUCGCUCUCAAGCUUACGAUUUAAGCCUGACUUUAGUUUUUCUUACCGCUACACAAAGACAAAUGAAGCGGAGGGAUGUUUGUGUUGUAAAUAGAGAGUGUUUUAUCCGGCGAGCCCAUCAGUGGAAACGCAGACGGACUGUCGUAGGCUCGAGUCCACGGGAGGAAAUGACAUCCUGCGUGCUGCUGAUCAGCCAAUCAGGGAACAGAACAGAAGACUAUAGGAUUGAAGACCUGAGCCGAGUAGAUCAGCGUCUUCCUGCUCAUUGAGAUUACUGUGAAGCAGCUGCUGCGGUGUGAUAGUGAUUCUAAGGAUGUCUGAGGAAGCACGUUGUCAUUUUAAUUUGUUUUCUUGCUUUCACCUGAGAAAGACUGGGUGUUUUCCAGCGAGGAGGUUAAACUGACAGUGACGACUUGCUGAGCAUGACUCACUUUGCAAACACACAACCAGAUUUCAUCUCUUUUCCUCCGUUGGAAAGCACCCCCUCCUCUCACUUUGAUUACUGUGUGAGAAACUUUUAGGAUGAACAACAACAAAAAGCGGUUUAUUGACCAAUGAAUUUAUUUGUCGAUGUUUAAGUGCUGUUGGGGACAAUGUUUAUUUUUCUACUGACUUGUUGAAAUCCUUUCCAGUAUAAGUUAGAAUAGUUCUCACGGUUGUAAAGCAGUCUUGUUUCUCUGGUUUUGAGCUCUUUUCAACACACCUUGUUAAGAGAUUCAAGAUGGAUAAUUUGGCAGCUCUCAAUUAUUAACAAAUCUAUCUUCAUUUUAUUUCAAGAAACCCUGUUCAGUGUUUCAUAAAAACAAGAGGGCUCAAAACUGCAAACAGAAUGUCUUUACACAGUGGCACGUAUUCGUUUAUUUAUUGAACAAUUACUUGGUGGGGAAAAAUAAAGUGAAAGCGUGUCCAGUCUUCAAUUUCAUGUAGGUACGGAUCCUCCGGGAGCAGUAUCUUUUUCUUUAUGAGUCACUUUUAAAAGCAAGUGGUGGAGGGACUAUUGCUUUAUAUUUGUUGAUGGUGACAACUGCAACUCGGGUUUGAUUAUUUUCAACAGAAAAAAAGUUAUUAGUUUGUAAGGGAAAAUGCAAAUGCAUGGCUGUGAUGAAAAGACACUGCUUCUAUUUGGGUUGUUUUAUUGCUUUUCCCCCCCUUUUAGUUGUUUAGCAAAAAUCUCAAUGAAUAAAUAACUUAAAAACAAGAAGCCAAAUAUAUUUCUGUGGAUGUUAAGGUUUUCUGAUCACAUCUUUGUUCUUUUUAUAUAAUUCUACUGCCAUCUUCCAAGAGUACUCCAAGUAACUUGUCUGCAGGCACGACGGUCAAAAUCUGCUUCUUGUCCUCUGCCUUUCUCCUUCUCUCUCUUUCUAUCUCUUUGUAUCUGUUCUGUAUAUUUGUGUCUGUCUGUAUGUUUGUCUGUCAGUGUACAGUAAGCUGUCUUGCUGGAAGAAUCACUGCCUGAAAAAAUAGAGAAAAAUAACAAGUUUUCACAUCAACCAAAGGGGAUUUGGGGCAACCAGACAUGUGACAUCGAUAUACAUUGGACAUGUGUGCCAAAAAAAGUAACCGCUGUAAAAAGAUCCUGCAAAAAAUUGGAUGGCUUCUGUAAAAGUCUGUAUAAAACUGGAUUUAUUUGUUUGAAAGGAGGCAGGGUGACUUGUGAUACCAGUGUACACUCACACCUAUGCAUGCCUGUUGGACGGUUGUCACAGGAUGGUUCUUCCAGGUGGUUUCCCCCUCUCUCUCCUCUUCUGUCAACAACUCACUGUCGCUCUUCCUUUCUCCUGCACGACAGAACCUCCCACACCCCUUCAGCUUCUUUACCUGUCUUCUCUUCUUUUCCUCUGGUGGAGAAAGAGCAAAUAAACAAACCAACAAAUGGCA